CAGACACACUGCGAGCAUACGUACGGCAGACCAUCUGGGCACUAAACGAAGGCCCAAGAAUGAGAUCUCCGACUUCUGAACUUGGGCUUGAAGAAAGGACUUGAUCGCUCGAGUCUGAGGAAGGAGACACCUUUUCCUCUCGUUCAAUCGUCCCUCCUUUCUUCGCUCCCUCAUCUCCCAAUAUAUCUCCCAGCCAUGGAUCCCGGCGGCCCUGAAUCGCAGCACCCUGAGCAGAACGCUCUCAUGCAGCGCAUCGGCGGGCAGUGGGCGGGUCCUACGCUCCAGAAAUCCUUCCAGCACGAAGUGGCCGACCUUCUUGGGCGAGGAAGAAAUACGUCCUUCCCCGGGGCCCAGCCCGUCUCCUUCUCUUCAGAACACAUACAAGAGCUUAAGAGCCAGGACUACUACGUUUGCGAAAAGACCGACGGGCUACGCUACCUCCUGUACCUCACUCAAGACGGCGAUAGGGACAUUCACUACUUCAUCGACCGACGGAAUGACUACUGGUAUGUCCCUAAUCUACACUUUCCGCACCACGAAGACAAAACCUUCCGACGAUUUCAUACUGGCACAAUAUUGGACGGGGAACUGGUGGAAGACAAAUACCCUGAUCGAGAGCCGGUCAUUAAAUUCCUCGUGUUUGACUGCCUGGUCCUCGACCAUGUGGUCUUCAUGCAACGCCCUCUAGACAAGCGCCUCGCCUACUUCCAGACCCACGUCCUCCAGCCCUAUAAUGCCAUGUUUAAACAACAUCCAGAAUACACGAGGCCAUUUGUGCUCGAAGACAAACAUAAUGAGUUCAGUUACGCUUUGGAGAAGAUGUUCAAGGAAGUCAUCCCCAAGGUGAAACAGAUGCAUGGAAAUGAUGGCUUGAUCUUCACAUGCCGGGACGCAUCGUACAAGAUGGGCACGGAUCCGCAUAUCCUCAAAUGGAAACCCCCCUCUGAAAACACCGUCGAUUUCCUGCUCCGUAUUGAGUGGGCAAGGAUGGAGCCGGACCCCGAGGAUCCAGAUCAAUCCAUGCAGACCGACUUCUACUCCUUUCCGGAGAAAUUUGCUCUAUUCAUCCACGUUGGGAAUAACGAGUACUCGUACAUCGACGACAUGUACGUCGAGCCGCAGGAAUGGGAAGAGUGGAAAACCCUGAACCACGCCCUGCAAGACAUUAUUGUCGAAUGCUACCAGGACGAGCUGCAACGGUGGCGGUUCCAUCGAUUCCGACACGACAAGGAGAACGCCAAUCACAUCAAGGUGUUCAAAAGCGUAAUCAGAUCCAUCCAGAGCCACGUGACGGAGCAGGAUCUGCUGAACCACGCCCCCGAAAUCAGAACCGCCUGGAAACUGCGGGCCGACCAGGAGAAGCGACGGCAGGAGGACGAAAAGCGGAGGAGACAGGCCGCAGUGAAGCCGGAGGGGUGAUUCGGGGUUUCCGGGUGUUUGACAGAGCAAGCGUUGGAUUUCCCUCAUGGUGUUGGGGCAGGGAGGAGUAUCACUGGGUGUCUCAAAGCCGAUCCUUUUCGGACUAUACGAUACCCCCGGCCGGAAGUGUUGGUUCUGGAGAAAGCCUUUUUCUGGGAAUGAACAGUCUAUUAUGGCUGUUGCGGAUUGCGGGAAGCGCCAAGUACCACAGCAUUGGAAAAUGGAGUUGAUUUAUUUUUCAUUCUUUGGGGGUGGGCAUGUAUUGUGUAUCUCAAAGUCACGAUAUCUUUGCGGGUUUAUCCUCGACCUUUUAACGAGCAAGAUCAAGAGGGGUACGUUGAUGAAGAAAUCAGAAAAAUGAGGAGAUUAUCCAUCCAAAAUCCUAGAUGGAAGUUUUACAACCAAGGCCACAAGAGUUUCC